AUGAACACAGAUUUACCAGAAGCAGCGACCCAGUUAGCCCCCAGUGAGAGCAAAAUGAGUAUUUUUGAAAAUUACAAGAUCUACAUCGAAGAAUUAGAUCGCUUGUUGGAAGCAAUCGAGAAUCAUUCAGAAGAAUCGUUAAGGAUUCUAAACGUUCUCCAAUCUCAGCAGAUGGAAAUUGGUUUGUCACGAAUAAGUAUACAACCAUUGGAAGAGUUAUCCCAGCAGAUGGAAAGACGUUUGUCCCGAAUAAGUAUACAACCAUUGGAAGAGUUAUCCCAGCAGAUGGAAAGACGUUUGUCCCGAAUAAGUAUACAACCAUUGGAAGAGUUAUCCCAGCAGAUGGAAAGACGUUUGUCCCGAAUAAGUAUACAACCAUUGGAAGAGUUAUCCCAGCAGAUGGAAAGACGUUUGUCCCGAAUAAGUAUACAACCAUUGGAAGAGUUAUCCCAGCAGAUGGAAAGACGUUUGUCCCGAUUAAGUAUACAAUCAUUGGAAGAGUUAUCCCAGCAGAUGGGAAGACGUUCGUGCCGAUUAAGUAUACAAUCGCUGGUAGGCUCACUAAUACCAACAAGGUCAUCAAAACGGUUACUAAGCUUCAGUCAAUCGUCAAAUGGAACGUCCCUGUUAAUGUGUCGGUCGUUGUCAUCACGUGAUACAAAUAAUAAAGAAUAUGAGCCAUCACCAAAGUCAUAUAAUAGUUAUCAGACAUCAAUGGAUGUAGAGGAAGAUGUGGAUUCAAUAUUUUCAUACGCAAAACCAGUUGAGAGUAAUAAUACAAAUGAUGAUCCACCAGAAGAUGAUUUAUGGGAAGAUAUUGGAAUUGCUUCAAUUGAGCAUGUCGAUGAAGUGUUAACUAUCAAGUAUGUCAAUAGCGGGGAUUUAGCCGAUCCGAAACUUGGUCGAAGUAACUCUCUUUGCGUGAAAUAUGUAAAAGUGUAG